AUGGGGCACUUGAACGUCCUGGCUGAUGGUCUCAAGAGCAACAACAAUGAUGAGAAGAGAGGCGAGUGCCAGGUUCUUAUCAGGAAUAAUCCAGCCACACAAAUCUCCCCUGAGACCAGAGCUACCCAAAGCAUAAUUAUUCUGGUGGUCACUUUUGUGCCCUUUUAUGCCCUCUCCUGCACUAUUUAUGCUUAUUUGGCUAUUUCUUGUGAUGGCAUGAUCCCCGUGUCUUGA